CACUUUGCCAUCUACCGGCAAAGGGAAACCAAAAAUGACAUUUUUGAGUUUAGGUUAAGCAGCCAACUUCAAGUUGACGCUAGAGAGAAAUAAAAUAGUGAAUGAACAAUCUAAACGUGUUUUUUAUUUGUUUAAUAAACUUAUGGCACAAGGCCAUAAAUUGGUGACCCCGUCAAAAAAACUUCAAGGAAAACGCAAAAUGCAAGAAACUGAACAUGCAGAGACUCCAACAGAGGCAAAUAAAUUCCGGCCUAUGGAAGCGGAAGCGUCGGCAGUGCAAGCGAUUGGGCAAAUGAAGUUGCCAAACUUUUUGACCAAGGACCCAACGUUAUGGUUUGCGCAAAUUGAGGGCCUACUACAUAUGAGCCGAGUCACAGCAGAUUUAUCGAAGUUCUAUACAGUAAUUACUGCGCUGGAUGCAGAAACGCUGCAACAAGUUGCGGAUAUUGCAAAAAAUCCUCCUGAAACAGGCAAAUACGACAAAUUAAAGAAAGAACUAAUUUCUCGUUUUUCAGAAUCGUCAGAAAAGCAGCUCAUAAAGCUACUCACCGGUAUGGAACUGUCGAACAAAAAACCAAGCCAACUGGUACGUGAAAUGCGCACAUUAGCAGGCGCAAAUGUCUCAGAGGAGGCAUUAACAACACUGUGGCUGCAACGUAUGCCAAACAGUGUAAGAUGCAUUCUAUCAGCAUGCAAAACCACAAGUAUUGAUGAGCUAGCAGAAAUUGCUGAUAGAAUAUUAGACAACAGUCCAGUACCAUCUUACGUAAUGACUACAAACGCCAACAAAUCAAAUGACAAGUUGGAAGCCCGCGUAACAACAUUAGAAAGUUCGGUCCAACAAAUAAAUCAGCAGCUUAUCAACAUAGCAGCAACUUUAGACAGAUUGGAGAAACGAGACAAUAGUGGUAGAGACAACAGCCGCAGCCGCAGCAGUUCUUGCAGACGUGAGAAAGUCUGUUACUACCACAUAAAAUUUGGUGCAGCAGCGACUAAAUGUAGCCAACCGUGCGAGUUUGGCAAACGUAAAAGCGAGAAUCGACAGGGAAACUAGCGAGGCUGUCGUCAUC